GUCACACCUAUGUCAUAUCAUGUUACACAGUGUGACAUACCCGAUCGAUCUCGUUCCGCAAUUGAAGCAACUGCCAGUGCAAGGCUCUUACUAGUAGUCGUACUUGACUUUUACUUUCUACCAUCCCCCUUUCUUUCUUUGCCCCAAGAUCUAGUGAGAAGUAUUUUUCCUUACAUAGUACACCUAUCCUUGAAGGGUCUCUGAGAGUUGGUGGUUCACACUCUCGUACAGUCCCAGUUGGUGCAGCUUGCCAAUAUUCGUGUCAGCUCUAUACCCCAUACGUUUGAAAACUCCAUUCACAACUGCCACUCCUUACGCAGACUCGUUUAAUUUGGGCUCAUCAUUCCAGGUGGAAAGCUAUUGCUCUUUGACUCACGAAACCCUACAUUCGUUGCAUAUCUAUAUCUUAUGCCAAGCUCAGCGCUAGGAUCUGUCGAUUCGCCAAGAAUAGGCAACCUCAGUGAUGUUCCUGAAGACAGCGUGCUGACAUCCGGCCGAGGAACUUCCCGAACCAAUUCUCCAUACAUCCACCCAUCGCUGUCAAGCUCGUCCUCCACGUUCAAGCUUGCAGCGAGUGCAAGCACGAGCAGCUUGGUCUCGUCAGUGUCACGAGCACCCAUGGGUCCGCGGAACCCCGUCAGCCUUCGUGCAUCGUCGACCGCGUCAUUGCACACGCUAGAUCCUGGCAUCGCGUCUCCUCCUACACCUACUACACAUUCAGACACGCCGUCACCGACAACGGCAACAGCAAGGAAGAAACGGUCUACUGGUUCUGUUCGAGACAAGGGAGAAAGGACGAGUGAGCGGGGUGAGAAGGGCGAGCGAAGCGAGAAAGGUGAGAAGGAGAACGAAGGAAAGGAUGGGAAGAAGAGUGGGAAGAGCCCUAAGGGUGCGGUUGCUGUCAAGGAAGAUCGAACACGGCCACGAACGACGCCGACUCUACCCCACUCCACGAUUGACCCUGCGCCAGCUACACUCAUGUAUUGGAGCAAAGCACCUGUGUAUGGGACACUUCCUCCACAUUUACGUGCACACACCGUGACACUGAUCGACAACAUUGCAUGGUUAUUUGGUGGGUGUGACGAGAAACUUUGCUGGAAGGACAUUUGGUGGUUCAACACUGAGACCAUGCAAUGGAUGCACCCUGAAGCUCAAGGCGAUAUUCCACCACCUUGUCGAGCUCACACAGCCACACUCGUUGAUCGUCGACUGGUCGUAUUCGGCGGAGGCGAAGGUCCCGUAUAUCGCAAUGACGUCUACGUCCUCGAUACGCUCACGCGUCGCUGGCAGCAACCCGUCUUCCCUGUAGAUGCACCUCAACCUCCACCUCGACGUGCACAUACUGCAGUUCUAUACAAAGGAAAAGUGUGGGUGUUUGGAGGAGGUAAUGGAUCACAGGCGUUGAAUGACUUGUGGACGUUGGAUGUGAACGUACCGGUAGAGAGGAUGAAGUGGGAGGAACAGAGGACGAGAGGCAAGGCACCUGUCGCUCGAGGGUACCAUACAGCGAAUCUGGUAGGCAACGUCAUGAUUAUCAUGGGGGGAAGUGACGGGAAGGAGUGUUUUUCGGAUAUCUGGUGCUUGAACCUAGAUACUCUGAUCUGGAGCAUGGUCCGUUUAGAUGUCGUCCACCGCCGGUUAUCGCAUACCGCUACCCAAGUGGGUUCAUAUCUAUUCAUAUGGGGUGGACAUGACGGGACCAGCUAUACCUCGGAAAUACUUCUUUUUAACUUGGGUGCGUCCUGUGGCUUUCAUCUUCAUCCCAACAAGCAUCCUCAUGUUAUAAUAGUCUCGUUGAACUUCGAGACUAGGCCUAUAGCAGGCAAGAAACCUAUACCACGAGGGUAUCACGCAGCCGUAUUGGCAGAUAGCAGGCUAUUUAUCUUUGGCGGGUUCAACGGGACGGAAGUUUUUGAUGACGUUCAGAUGUUGGAUCUCGCCGGUGCUGCGUACCUUCCUCAGGUUACGAGUUUCAAGAUAGAUGUCGAGUAAAGACCUUUUCCCUUCUCCCAUCCAUUAAUCCCCAAUUCGGUCUCCUUUGGUCGAUUCUCUCUUAUGUUUGAUAGUUAUUAAUUUCGUGCGCGCACGAGCUCGACGCUUGUCAUGCACAUCUUUCGAGUUUGGAGGAUGGACGGUGGAUUCUUUCCCUUUUGCUUUCCCCCUUUUCUUCGGCUUUCCAAUAUGCGAUUCCUUUUUUUCGUUGGUAUGUACAUAAUCCGGGUGAUCCUCGUCGACUGACUUUCCUUUUUUCCAAUCGCGUACCGCUAUGCCACAUCUCUUCAUGUGCAACGUGCAUGCAUAUACACCUCACAUCCUGUAUACCAGCUCAGGCUCUUCACAUCACCUUUCACCUCCCUCUCGAUUCAAUCCGGCCUGACUUCACAAAGGAUUCCAAAUUCGUCUAGCACACCUUUCGCAUGAGGCACCCGACAUUCGGGCCUCUACAACCUCUUCGAAGUUCGUAUUGGUACUUCCUGGCCUCAACCCACGUCAUUGUCGUUCGACACUUCAUUCAUUGAUCUCACCAUCAGGUUUUCUACAUAGACCACGUACCUCCAGAUCUGUGGUCAUGGCAAAAGCUGGAUUAGCGAAAUAUCAUCAUCGUUCUCUUCUUAUUGGCUAUACAUAAAUAUCAGCAAGACGAGCUUCGUGGGUACAAGCACUAUUAAUACCAGCCUAGGCUCGUUUCCAGCCUGGAGAUACUCUCGGAAGACAAUCGUUCCUUCGUGUAUAUAUAUAAAAUGCGAGUCCUGCAGCGCUGAAUGAGUGAUAGGCACUUGGGCGGUUUUAUCGGAUUGAGAAUGUCCCCA